AGCGGCUAGAGGACGAAAGGCACGAUCCGAUACGGCACUUUCUCCUGGUACUUGGCCCAGUCCUUGCCGUAUUUGCUGGCGCAGCGUGCGUCGUCCCUGUAGGCCCGAUCCAGCAGCAAAAUCGUCAAGUAAACCUACACACACACACACACACACAUCCGUAGAGAGAAACCCAGCCAGCGCUCAUUUCGGUGGCUGAGCUACCGUGUAGAAGUAGGGCAAUAUGUAUGAGAGCGUCACGGGCGGCGCCCACAUCAACGCGGCCAAUAUCUCGGGCAGAUAGUGAAAAUGCCUGCACACACCAACCACACCAUACGCAGUCCAUACAUCCAUCCACCACAAGACACAUUGCUCACCCACCCAGCCGCCCACUCACCGUGCGAGUCCCCACCAGCCCGACGCCAGCAGCAGCGAUUGUUUGAGCUCCCCCGCUUCAGUGCGGUACGUGGCCACGAUCAUCUGCGGCUUCCUCCCCCAUACCAUAGCCUCACCGCUGGUGGCGCGGAACACCUGACGCUGCCGGUCGCUGUCGUAAUUCACCCUGACAGUCACAUGGAUGGAUGGAUGGACAGAUGGAGAGGGGGGGAAGGGUUACCAGAUGAAGAAUGCGCCGAGGAAGAGGCACAUUGCGGUGAGGGGGAUGCCGAUGGUGAUUGGAUGCAUCACACACCAGUGGGCAGAUGACGUGUACACCGCUGCACACACACACACACACACACUCAGAGAGAGGGAUGGUAUGUCUUUUUCGAGAGUGUGUGUGUGCUGUGAUGCUGCUCACAUGGCACCCAGACCAUGCAUCCCCAGCAGAUGUAGUAGCCCGCCCGGUCGUGCUGGAUGUCCAUCGUGCAGAAGUAGCCCGUCUCCCACACAAAGAACUUCAGCAGGUAGAUCCACUGAAGGCACACAGAUAUCUGCAGGCACCCACCACACACAAACAUCACAAACAUGACACACACCCUUGUUGUGUGGCUAUGGGGGCAGCUGAGCUGACCAGCAUGGCGUCGCUGACGUAGCCAAAGGUCUCAUACUGUUUGCAUGCAAAGGAGAGGCACGCAAUGGCCCACCAAGUGAGGCCGAACCGGUCGUUGGUGAACUGUUUGACAUCCCACCCCAGUACUGAAUGAACCACACACACACACAGGCAGAGAGAGAGGGAGAGGGAGAGGGAGAGGGGGAGGAGAGAGAGAGAGAGAUCACACACAUCGCUCAUAUGUGUGUGGUGCUGCUCACUGUUGGGGUACAGUUCAGUGCCAUAGAAGAAGUCGAACAUGGGAUUGUCGGUGGUGCCGGAGUCCUUCGACGAGGGGAAGGUGAUGCCCUUGACGUAGAGCAUCAGACAAAACAGCAGGGCAAACACCGUCAGGGCCGACAGGAUCUCCCCAUAAUGGUCAUACAAUAUCCCUGACACACACGCGCAUAUCAGGGGUGUUGUGUGAGCAUCCCCUCUCUCCCUGUCGCCCUCUGUGUGUGUGUACCUCCGUUGUAUAGCCCCAGGCCGAACUGCGAGCCGCCAACAAACAGCGCAUUCAUCAGCAGAAAGUACUCCACGCCGUUGGCGUGAUACGUGUUGCGAUAGCCAGUGGGGCUGGGCGGACCUGCACACCCACAACCCCACCACACCCACUGCCGACACCUCCCUUGUGAGUCACAGUGUACUGACCUUUGUACAUCUUGCAGGGGAUCAGCCGAGUGAGCCCAAGCGCCAACCCAAUGAAGCACCCAAUGAUCUGCCACGCCCUCACAUCCACAGGCGACGGCACCUCCCGCACAAAUGCCAUCACCCCUCUCCCUCCCUCGGCAGCAAACACGCCAGCCACCCUGGCAAGAUCUCCAUCUUGCCUCUGGAUGACCCACCACAGCAGCACAGGGACGAUGGGCGUGACGAUGAGCAGGAAGAGGGUGCCGAGAGUGCGCCUGUAAGGGAUGAGCCCGACGCAGACGCCUGUGUUGUUGAGCCACAUGGAGCCAUCCCCGUCGGCGGUCUUGUCCUUGUCAGAUCUGGCAUCAUCGCGUGUUGAUGCUGACGUAGCGGCUGUGUCUGGCGUGGCCGCCAUGCUGACGUGACACGCGGAGUAACACACCUGAUCACUCGAAGGGAAUGUGGAAC